CUUGUUAUAUCAAUUUUGCUUCUUCUUAUCAUCAUCUUCUCAUCAUCAUCUUCUUCUUCUUCUUCUUCUUCGCAUCAUCUUCUUCUUCGCAUCAUGAACCACACAAACAACCCCUCCCCGCCGCCUCGCCGCGCAACCGUCCCCAUCCCCAUCCCCAUCCCCAUCUCCUCAUCCCUCUCCUCCGCCACCAUAUCCGCCUCCCAGGUUCACCGCCGACGCGCUUCCUUCACCGGCGACCACGACCCGCGCUCUCCUCCUGCGCUCUCCGCCCUCGCUGGCGGCAUGUCCCCCAGUCAGUUCUACGGCCGCUCGCCUGAGCAGCACUCCCCCGCCGGUUUCAGCCAAUUUCACCAUCACCCGCACCCGCCCUUUGCUGCAAACUACUCUCUCACCACCGCUUCCUCUACCUUUGCCCCUUCCUCUUCAUUGAACCACCCUGCCCCCGACGCAUUCAGCCGGAAAAGCCCCGAGUUCCCUCCCUCGCCUACGCUCUCCGCCUCCCCGCGCUCCUCCUUCUCCUCUCCUUCCCAGCCCGAACCACAAAACCACAUCGUCUCCUGCGACCAUCAUCAUCAUCGCCGACAGUCUGUCGCCGUCUCGUUCUCUCCCGAGGCCGAAAACGCACCGUGCUUCGAAAGAGGAAAUUGCAUGAUCCUCGAGCAGGGACCGUCGCCCGGCCGUCGUCUCAGCGGCCGCUUCGCAAGACCGCCCUCUCCUACCGGCGAGCGCAUUCUUCAGGGCGAGUUUAGUUUCUGAGUAUUUGCCUGAGAUGGAUGUUGUCGAUCUAUGUCACGAAUAGUCGUGCUCCUUCCCAUCUGCUACCAUGUUGAAUCUAUCGUUAAGGCGUUAUCUGGUGUUUGAGCAACCGCGGAGUUUUUUGGUUUGUUGUUUGUUUGUUUGUCUAUAUUUCUUUGUUUUUGUUUGUUUAUUCGUUCGUUUGUCUGAAUCGCUAUAUCUUGUCUGUCUGUUUGUUCUUGCAUUGCUCAAAAAGCACAUUACCCAAAAUUCACAUCUAUCUUUCUUCUUCUCUAUUCUCGAUUUGCAACUGAAUGUACUUAAAACACAAAAAUUGCUGAAUUCAUUCUUCUUUAAUUCAAGAGAAUAAAGCAACAAGCAGUUGCUGAUGUUGCUAUUGUAAGUCUAAAAACAAUGCUUAAGACCAG